UUUAUUCUUUAAUUUUACACAUGCAUAUCUUUUUAUUUACUUGUGAGUUUUUAUUAAUAUCUAUAACGAUUAUUUUCCUGGUGUUUUGCAUUCGUUGAAAGUUCAGGAGAGAGAGAGAGAGAGAGAAAAAAAAAAAUCAAUUACUCCAGGGAGAAAAUUAGAAAGCCACUGUGUGAUUCCGUGUUUGAUGAACAUAGUUGUCUCUCGCACGCGGCUCAUCGCGAACGCGAACAUGCCCAUCUCGAUGUCCUCUCCUCUCGGCAACCGAGGCGCGAGCGAGGUUAAGGACGGUACAUAUUGGCGAGGUUAUCAGGCUUGACCGGCAUCGUUGACGCACAUCACUCGAGAUGGUAGCGAUGAGAAUCAAUCGUCGGAGCAAGAUGACAACCGCGGGGCGACCGCGUCGUGCGACGGUAACGUGGUGCUUUUAGGGCCGCUUCCUCGUGCGCGCGCGCGUGCACGUUGCUCGUGUUUGACAGCUAGCGUCGACAACACAACCACGACGACGACGACGAAGGAGACGGGGAGGCCGACACAGUGACGGGAAACAUGUUCGUGUACAUCUGGUCCUUAGUAUGCUGGUACCUGAGGCCCUUCGUCAAGUGGCUCCUGCGUCAGACGACGCAGAUGUGCGAGCUCCAGAGGAUCUGUUACGGCCAGCCGUCCGGGGCGCCGCGCGCCUUCGCCGUCGAGGAGUCCCUCAGGCGGUCGCGCGACGCGAACAUCCGGACGCUGAUCGCGUACCUGAACGACAUCGCCGAUCAGCGCGGCAUAAGCACGAAGACGGAGCGCAAGAUCCUCGAGGAGGCCAUCAGGACCGUGCUGGUGACCAAGAGGAUCAAUCCCACCGCUCAUCCGGACUUCGCCAAGUCGUUCGGCAAGUGCAUCGAGCUGAUCUGGGGUUAUCGUCAGCUCUGUGUAGAAUGCGAGGAGCUCAGGAGGACGCCGUACAGCACGGACAAUCCUGAACACGAGCAGCUGUUGCUGAAGCUGUGGAAUCUGCUGAUGCCGUACGAGCCGUUGGACGCGAGGGUGACCAAGCAGUGGCAGGAGAUCGGCUUUCAAGGGGACGACCCGAAGACCGAUUUCCGCGGGAUGGGCAUCCUCGGGCUGGAGAAUCUGAUUUAUUUUGCUCAAGAGUACCCGAGCGCGGCCACCCACGUGCUGUCGCACUCCACUCACCCGCGUUACGGCUACGCGUUCGCCAUCGUCGGCAUCAACCUCACCAGCAUGGCGCUCAAGCUGCUCAGGGACGGCAGCGCCAAGACUCACAUAUACAACUCCUCGAAAACCCUGCCGACAAUCCGUGCCUUUCAUCAGUUCUAUUGUUACCUGUUUUACGAGUUCGACGGCUUCUGGAUCGAGUCGAAGCCCAGCAACAUGAUGGAGUUCUCGUCUAUACAGGAGAAGUUCGAGAACAGCAUCAGAAUGGCAUUAGCCAAUCCAUCGACUGUUUUCAGGAUAAACUUGGCAGUUGACAAUAUCUAACACGUUCAUACGAAUGCCUUUUACGUGUAAGACAAGACCAAAAUAGUUGCGUAGAGAAUAAGUACAAUGUUCAGGCUAUCGUAUACACACACACACACACACAUACACACGCGAAAACUUAUUUUUUAUUAUAUAUUUUCACAUUGUCGGCUUCAUUGUGAUAUUAAGGCACUUGAGUGAGUAGCUAAUAGGGUUUCUCUCUGCCGUAGGAAUUCCUGCCUUUCCUUUAGCGGUGUAAUAUAGUUAACGUCGAUGUGCAUCUUAUUGUAAUUAUACCAGAAAGUUAUAAACUCUAGUUUCUUUUUCUUUGGUUUCAUAUAAGUUUGUACGCACAGGUGAAUCCUGUUUGCAGGACACGGAACCCGUCGCUCACGCGUUUAUAUAGUUAAAUUGCCUAAUAUUAUAUAAAAUUAUAAAUAUAUUAUAUAUAUUAUAUAUUAUCACAAGUUAUAUAUAUAAUAUAAAUAUAUAUAAUAUAAAAAUUAGAGAUAUAUAUAUACAUACGUACGUAGCCACGCGCUUCAUAUCUGUAUUUAUUCACGCAAUUUCUAAGUGUCUUGGUUUACGAUCUCAUGGACAUUCUGUUCCAUUUGUCUCGUGCAUUUUGUCAUUUGACGUUCCGAAGGUUUAUUUAUAUUCAGGGUAUUUAUUGCGAAGAAUCUAAAGAGGGAAGGAUACUAAGUUAAAGUAGAAUAUUAACAAUGUAAUCGCACUGUGGACUUUAACGAGACCGAAACGAAAACUUACCGUGCGGUAAUAUGUGUGCAUGCAGUACGAAUAAUGUUAAGUGAAGUAGUAAUCUGGGUGGAAAUUGUGAAAGUGCGAAACCGUUUCUUUCGUGUUGCACGUUAAUGAGGAACUGACCCAGACAGCAAUAAACUUCUAAAAGAUCUCUUAAAUGCGUCUGGAAGACACUUAAAAAAAAUGUCUUUAAGCUUACGUUACUUGAACUGCAAACGCUUUGAAGUGCUUAAUAAAUGAAUACGAUUGGUCUACACGACGCUUCAAGGUAUUUGCAACAUGAAGAGGAUCUUGUCCUAAGAACUUUCAGAAGUUUGUGUUGUCUAGAUAGAUUCGGUUUCAGUAGCCUGACUGUUCAAA